AAGUUUAAGAGAGGUCGGAGGCUCCUGUCUCGGGGCCCAAAGUCCUGAUCCUUUUUUUCUUUUCCAACUAAAUACUCCCUUCACUCCUCCAACACAUUUCGGCUCCUCCAACGAUCGUUUCUUCCACGUAGGGAUUUUGGGAGGAUUCAUCCACCUAGCAGUUAUGAGCCUGUUGUGCACUGGGCCCUGGCUGGGAAAGUUUGCUGAACACCCGGAAGUGCUGCACGCAUGUAAGGCCCCCUCAUUCCAGCGAGUUAGGGUCUGGAUUGUUGUGGCAGGUGGGCAGAUGACUUCUUUUGGGAACGUCGUCAGUUACUUGUCGAACAUCUUUAAUCUCAGCUCUUAGGAGGCGGAGGCAGAGGCAGGCAGAUCUCAGUUCGAGGCCAGCCUGGUCUACAUGAGUGUAGUGCUUGUCGUCCCCCAUGGCCCCGUGGAGCCGAGAGGCGGUUUUGAGUCUGUACCGGGCUCUGCUGCGCCAAGGCCGAGAGCUUCGCUACACUGAUCGAGACUUCUACUUUGCUUCCAUCCGCCGUGAAUUCAGAAAAAAUCAGAAGCUUGAGGAUCUAGAGGCUCGGGAGAAGCAGCUGGAGAAGGGCCUGGUCUUUCUCCGUAGCAGACUCGGAGGCCUUAUUUAGGAGUCUCUCUUUCCCUCCUACCCUGAUUCCAAGAAGAGGACAAAGGUGCCUUCAGUAGAGACUCCUGGCUCCCCCCACCCCACCUCACAGAUGCUUUAGGAAACCU